AUGCUGACCUCAGUUUGUUCUCUUUACGCUCUUUCACUCUAUUACUACAUUUUUACCUCAGUCUUAUUCCUCCCCUAUACGUGUUUUUUUCCUCAUUCUACUUGUCUCACUGCUCUUUUUCUUUCUUUUCCCUUCUCUCUACUUCACUCUUUACCCUCCCCUCUACUACAUUCUUACGUUUCCUUCUAUUUAUUUUUUCCCUCUCUCAGCUUGUUUGCUUUCCGCACUCCUAAUUCAUUUCACCUCCUGUCUACACAUUUCCUUCCUCUCUACUUCUUUCUUCAACCACCCACUAUGCAUUUUUCUCUUUCCUUUUUUUCUCAUCCCUCUGCUUCUUUCUUUUCCCUUCCCUCUACACAUUUUCUCUUUCCUCUACUUUCUUUCUUUUCUUUCUCCUCUACUCUAUGCAUUUUCUUUCCUUUCUUUUCUCUCCCCUCUACUUCUUACUUUUUCCUCCCUGCUAUGCAUUUCUCUCUCUUCUCUACUUCUAUCUUCUCACCAUUCUUUUUCUGCCUAUCUACCUCUCCUUUUUACAUCAGUCUCAUAACACUGUUCUUGCAUUUCCACGUCUCUUCUUUUCGCUUUAGCUCUGCAUGUGCCUUCAUCUCUACCUCAGUUCAUUCUCACUCCGCUCUCUUUCUAUCGCUCUCUGAUCAUGCAUUUCACCUUCUCUCUCUCUCUCUCUCUCUCUCUGACCAUGCUCCUCUCUCUUUCUAUCUCUCUCUGAUCCUGCAUUUUCACAUUUUCUCUCUCUCUCUCUCUGAACUUGCUCCUCUCUCUUUCUAUCUCUCUCUGAUCCUGCAUUUUCACCUUCUCUCUCUCUCUGACCCGGUUCCUCUCUCUUUCUAUCGCUCUCUGAUCCUGCAUUUUCACCUAUUCUCUCUCUCUGACUCUGCUCCGCCCUCUUUCUAUCGCCCUCUGAUCCUGCAUUUUCAUCUUUUCUCACUCUCUCUCUCUCUCCCUGACCCUGCUCCUCUCGCUUUCUAUCUCUCUCUGAUCCUGCAUUUUCACAUUUUCUCUCUCUCUCUGACCCAGCUCCUCUCUCGUUCUAUCUCUCUCUGA